AGUCCUUCUGAUGAUGUGAUGGCUGCCCAGAACCCUGACUCCCCGUCCCCCACCCCUCUAAUCUGUGCUCCAACGCUCCCUCCCGCACUCCCGGCCCUUCCCGUCUCACCUCCAGCCACCACAGGCUCCCUCCCCAGCGACGCGACCUCUACCCGGGCUGACGCCGUCGCUCGCCAUGGGCAUGCGCGCUGAGCUCAGGCCGGGCCCGUGGCGGGGAUGCGCAGGAUGUCGGUGCUGAGCCCGGUGCAGAUUAAGGAGGCGAACGCACACCUGGCGGCUGUUCACCGCCGGGUGACGGAGUUGGAGCGCCGGUUGGAGGCGGCCGAGCGGACGGUUCGGGAACAGGCUGAGCGGUUGAUGGGCAAAGACCGGGAACUGCAGGCCGCAGUCAGGGAGCUGGCGCUACGCAAGGACCGGGAGAUGGUAGACGUGCAGGAGAAGCUACAGGACUGUGAGGGAACGGUGCAAAGGCUACAGAUGCUGAUGAAGGAGAAGGAUGAAGUAAUUGCCCAGCUGAGACAUCGUAGUCAACUGCUGGAUAAAAUCACCCGCAGCCGACCUUUCCUCGACAACUUACUGUCCUACAUGGCUGAAGCUGAACACUCACAGAGCAUUCAUCUUCCACACCCCAGCUUCCCUGAACACCAAGCAGACUCCCUUCAAUUAGGCAGUAAUGGGUUAAUGAACGCCAGCCCCAGUGACCAAAAUUUCUCUGUCAGUGAGGAUGACACUGAGGAGCUGGACCAAGAUGACUCAAUCUUUGGGACCACAGUUUAAAUCUUCACCUCAUCCAGGUUGAGGGAUGCUGGGUAGAGCCUAUAAGUGCCUGUUAGUUUUGCAAAUCUGGGAGAUCACACUGAAACCUGUGGUUGUGAAGAUGGAAGCAGAGAGCAUUAUGACACUCUGUUAUCUGAUCGUUGGAUUUGUUGAUAUUUCAUUCCAAAGCUUUUGGGAUUGGAGGGUAGUUAAUUCAAUGUGAAGAAUAUGGCCUUUAGAACAGUGGACUGUUGACACUGUUCAUCAAUUUCUUAAUGCAAUAAGUUAUUGGUGUUGGGGUAGCUCUGGUUUCAGACUUGGUUUAGAACACCAUGAACUCCAGUCCAAACAUUGAGAGAAGUGGUGACCUUCUCAUCGAGCACAACAGGUAAAUCCCAGUUACAGCCUCCUCCCUUUCUAUAUUCCUCCAUGCUUUGAGGUUUAUGAAAUGCCCCUUAGUUUUAGCUGGUUGCACUGUGUUUUUGGAUCACUGACUGAUUAUUUGCAGUACUGUGAUUAUUAUUUCCAUGAUGGAAAUUCAACUGCUUGUGAGAAGCACUGGCUGGUUAGUGGAGUAGCUCUGCCGUGUUCUUUCAGAGCAGAGUUUAAAGCCAGGCCAAACUGACUGGAAGUCAUUGCUAUCCAACAUGGUAGUGUGUCAUGUUUAAAGAUUUUCCUGUUAUUUUCAGUUGGCAGCUAUGAACAUCUGGGCCUAUUGAGCUGCUUGAACAGUGAGAAUUUGGAAACCACCUGAUAUCUAAAUGCCAUACAGAGAAUUUAGUACUUUCCCGAUGAAUGUUCAAAAUUGCUGCCACAACGUGGAAUGAAAUCAGUGCCUACUUUAAAUAUUGUAUUUUUUGUCUUUCUGUCAUCAAGAAUUUAAAUAACUACCCCCCCCCCCGCCACCAGUAAACAAAAUUUAACCAGAUAUCCCGGGUGAAAUGAAGGUGCGGCUGGCAACUAGUUCUGUUGUUCCCCUACUGCCCACCUUUUCCAGAAGUGCAGCUGUACUGGUCACUUCCUAUGAGAUAAUAGCUGAGCAACAGGAGCAGCAAUGCAGACCUUCUUGGCUGCUCAACCACGAAUAAUUUCAUCCAUUUGCCUCAGUCAGCCAGUCUCAUAAGGGUUAUGUAUGGGGUAUGUAUGGGUUAUGUAUGGGUAUGUAUGUAUGGGUAUGUAUGGGGUAUGUAUGGUUA